CGACGCGUUGAGGGCCCUACCAGUUGGUAACUCCUGACUCGUCCAAUGUUUCUCAGUUACGGGGUUGCCCUUGACCUCGACGACAGAGGGAAUGGCAGCCUGUGGCUCUUCGGAUGGGCCAGAGUCCGUAUGAGCAUACCGGGCGAAGUUCACCUGUGGGACGCGCGAAGUCCAAGGCGCGGUGUUCCGCACAUUACGGCGGGCCAAGAAACCAGUACUGGCACUGGAGCUGGCAAUGGCAAUGCGAGGUGUUGCGCGCAAAGAAAGGCCACCGAUACGGCGACAAUUAGCUUGAAGCAGACCUCUGGAAAGUCUGGCAGCCAUGGUUGAGUUGAAGCUUGGAUGGAUGCGAUCAGCAGGCUCUUCGCGGCUGAUGGCGACCAUGACAGAAGCUCCACCCGCCCCUGAUCUCGGUCUGGGUACGUCACACCUGAGAACCCCCGGUUCCACCCAUGGAGUUGACGCAGACCAUGUCAGGAUUCAUCAUGAACACUUCCUCCAGAGUAGUAUUCGUAUCUACUGCACAGAGGAUGAAAGUGAAAGGAUCCCAGAGACUCCAGAUCAGCUGCCUUCCCGAUUAGGCAGGAUGUGUUCACGUGCAAUGACAACAAAACAUUAUGCUCAUAUUAUGCUCAUUUUAUACUCAUUAUAUGAUUGCAUUAUGCUCGCAUCUCUGCUCACAAUAUAUACUAUUACCAUGUCCUAUCACCUGUAUCUGGAGAGUUAUCAGGCUUGUACGGAGUAUGGACGGUAAACAGAGCCACCAACUUGAAGGGAGAUCGUCGCUGCAGCGCGAUUGACACGAUCAGCCAACCAACCAACGAGCUAACUAUGGAGCAGCGGGGG